GCUUGUUUUAGGGAGCUCUGGAUUUGUCGUGCUCAAUGGAAAGUGUCUUAAAAACAAGGAUGUCGUCAGCAUUGGAGGAGGAGAUGAACUUGUUUUCAGCUCUUCUCUGAGUCAGCACACUUAUAUUUUUCAGCUCCUCGGAAAUGAAGAUAUCUCAGCCCCUGUAUUGCCUACUCCAGUAGGAAAGACGGUAGAUCAGGUGGUAACAGGUGAUGCAGAAGAGAACAUUGCAGGUGCGGAAGCAGGAAUAUCUGAAGCUUUAGCAGCCUUGUUUGGCCCCUUGCAAGGACCUCUUGCGGGUUCUUUGCCACCCUUACCCUUUCCCUUACCCUUUCCCUUUGGACAAGUGUUACCCAAUCACAAAAUUCGUCAUCCUUGUUGCAAUGACAGUGAAGAAUGUGACCAAGGAAUCAAUGCAUACGAGUCACAGACUGCUUGUAAUAUGUCAGAUGAGUCUGCCUCAGAUACUGAAGUGAUUGAACUUGAGACUGGGGUUUCGCCCAUGCUUACUGUGUUGAAACGUUCAAGAGAACGUCAUGAGAACGGUUACAUUCACAAUGAAAUCGAUCAUAAAUCACCUAUACAAGUUUGUGAAGAGAGAAAGGAAUCUGUAAGAGGUAUUGACCCAUCUGAAGCACAUGCUAAAUGCCAAACUUUGAAGGAACAGUUAAGAAAAGGAAUAGUUGAUGGAAGAGAGACUCGUGUAUCAUUUGAUGAUUUUCGUUAUUACCUGAGUAAGAAGACAAAAAGUCUUCUGAUUGCAUUAACGUUCGCACAUUUGAAACGGAAUGAAGUUGCACAAUUUACAAGGAAGCUUCCCAAUGUGAGCUCCAAAAUAUUGAUGUCUGGUCCGCAAGGGUCUGAGAUAUAUCAAGAAACGUUGGUGAAGGCACUAGCAAAUCACUUUGAUGCAAAAUUACUUAUAUUUGAUAGAAGUUCAAAACUCACGGCCUCAUCGAUGAAGGAUGGAGAACAAAGAAGAGAAAAAUGUCCUAGUUUACGGUCAAAAUUGGGUAGGUUUCAAGUCAAAGCAUGGCAUCUCCAAGGCACUGCAUCAAACUUGCACACUUCAAACGAAUAUUCCAUCAAGAGUGGUGUUCGAGUGAAAUUCAUUAUUAAAUCCCCAAAGUCAGAAAAUCUGCCAUCCAAAGUUCCUUUGAGGGGUCCAUCUCAUGGUGAUCGAGGGGAAGUACUUUUGUCUUUGGGCGAGAACGGUUCAUCUAAAUUUGGAGUACGUUUUGAUAAGGCAAUUCAAGGGGGUGUUGACCUCGGGGGUCUCUGCGAACAAGUUCACGGGUUUUUCUGUAGCGGUAAUACUUUGGCAUCAAAUGUGAUAUUAAGUUCCAAAUAA